AUGACCAUGAUGUGGACCGAGGCAGUGGCGGAGUGGAAGCAAAAGGCGGGCGUCGAUCUGACCGCCCCCGAAGCAGCAUUGUUCAGCUCUAAGGAGGCCCUGGCGAGCUACGUCGCCAAGAUGGAGGCGGAAUCGCAAGAUGGCACUGAGAUGAACAGAUGGGGACGCCUCCGCAAUACUCUCCUUCCUUUGGCCCGCAUCGUAGCGAAGUUGUGCGGGCCUAUCGGUGAUACGCUCAGCUCGACGGCAACUGUUCAGGCUCACGAGGAGUUCAAGUUGAUGACCGACGCGUUCGAUGAGAUCAGGGUGCAUCUUCAAGUCGUGGAGAUCGUCGCCGCGCAUCCCGGCACGCUGCUAUACGAAACCUCCAUCGAGCUCCUCGUCCAGGUCCUCAACGUCCUGGGAGUCAUGAUGAAACUGAGGCAUGAGAGUUACGCAGGCUUGCGGCGUAUCACCUCGCGUUACAAGGAAGCGAUCGUUGCUGGCACGCUGGAGGUGGUCACAAAAGGCAAGAUAUCCGACGAGCUGGAGAGGAUCCUGAAGUGGCUUGGUUUCGACUCCGUGGAUUCGUCCAAGAGAAUGAGCUCUUUGCUCAACGAUCGCGCGGAAGGGACGGGCUUGUGGUUCUUCGAUAAUCGGACCUUUGUGAACUUUCUGGAGGGGCAAACAAAGGUGCUAACUAUCCAAGGCAAAGCUGGCUGCGGGAAGAGUACGAUCAUCUCGGGCCGUGGAGACUUGGAUUCCGUCCUGUCGUCGUUCCUCUGCCAACUCGCACUUGGAGAUCAACAUUGCAUGGACAAGCUUGAGAAAGCUCGUCAGAAGUCGAUGGUCGAUGGCGGCCUCACCCGCGACGAGAAGCUCGAUAUUCUGAUGGGUAUGCUGGGCACUCGGCUACGAGUCUUCCUUGUCAUCGACGCGUUGGACGAAGCUCUCGAAAGCGAGCGUCCAAAGAUCCUCGCCGCUCUCAGAAAGCUGCGCUCGUGCAGCUGUAGUUCCAUCCUCGUCUCCACGCGCUUGCCCCUGCACGCCGAGGAUCUCCAGGACGCUGUGCUGUCGAUCGAUCAGGUGAAGGCCAACACCGACAUCGAAACUGCGCUCGAUAUCGAGUUCAGGGAUGGUGGACGAUUAGCGGGCAUUGCAAACACCGAGAUGGUGCGCAACAGGCUGAUGGAUCGAGCUGACAGAAAGUACGUCUUCCGCGUUCUAUGCGCUGGACAGUACUUGUCGUCGAGCAGCUCAGGAGGGCUGUACUCCAACUGCCUCGAGGACGUUCGCGAAGAGGAUGUCGACGAUCUCUGGCAUGAGCACAUCAUCUUCGGCGAGCACAAUCACUAUGCAACCCUCGAGCGGCAUAUCAUCGACACUCUGGGCGAGAUCAAGAACCUAUCUGCCCCCAUGCAGUUGCCGGGCAGCACGACGGCCUAG